CUAUGCGCGGGCUCCACCUCCUCUCCGUCUCCUUCCUCCGCCCUCCUUCUCCGUUCCCUCCCUGCCCCUCCCGCCCCGACGGCGCCGAGGCUGCUGAUGGGCGCCGGCGGGGCAGCCACCCGCGUGCGCAUAGGCGCCGACUCGAGCCGCGACCUGCUGCUGGGGAGGCUGCGCUCCCUCAGCGUGCGCGUGGGGCCCUCGAGCCGCGGGCCCCUGCGCGUGCGAGAGGCGUCGCUGGAGUGCGAGGAGGGGAGGCGUUGGACCUGGGGUACGUGCCGGCGGCGCUGGCCCUGAUGCCGCUGGUGCUGCUCCUGCGGCCUCGUCUGGCGCUCCCGCUCCUGCUGCUGCUCCUCGUCGUGCCCCGCCGGGCGCUGGCCGCCGGGGGCGGCGCCGCGCGGCGCUCCAGGUCCGAGUUUGCCGCCCGGCUGCGCGGCGAGGACCUGAGCAGCUCCAAGCUGUGGCGCUUCCUGCUGACAGCUGCCCUUCGCGACAUCAUGGAGUACAGCGUUGCGGGCCAGGUGGUCCUGCCCCGCGAGGUGUCCGGGGACCUCUCCAGCGCCACGCGGUUUGAGCUGGAGGCCGCGUCCAUCGUCGACGGGCUCCUGUACUUUGAUGCCGUGGCCCACCUGCCAGAUGGCGUCCUGUUCAAGUAUCGCCUCCGCACUGGCGUGGCCCUGUCGCAGGUCGGCGGGCAGGAGUGCGUCUUCUGGGACGACCCCGCCAUCAGGGUUACGCCCGGCUGGCCCCUGCCGGAGUUCUGGGCGCCCCUCGGCGGCUUCGCGGGCCACCGCCUGGGCGGGGCCGCGCGGCUGUCGCGGCUGGAGCUGGUCGCCGGGGAGCUCCUCGUGGGGGGCUGCCUCGGCCGGCCCGGCGGCUCCAUCGUGCCGCUGAGGUGA